AUGUUGCUGCAGGAGUGCUUGGAGGGUGAUUUGGACGCCAUGCUGGCGGCAAGGAGGCCGUGCCAUUAUGCGAUAGCCAACGGACACCAUGUGCUUUGGGUGCCCAAACAUGUGCCCUGCUCCUUUGAGCCCUCAACCGGCCGCCUCGUGGUCGAAGUGGGCCACAACUGCAGAUGGCUGGCACCGCUGCACAAUCCGCGCAGCCCGCUGCUGUCAGUGCCGGUCGGGCCCGCGGUGAGAAUAGCGUCCAGCCGUCGGUGGGUGCCAGAGCUGCGCUUCCCACGCAAGGAGCCCUGGCGGCGCGCGCAAGUGCUCGAACUCGAGUUCUCCAAAGUCGACAAGGUGAGGAUAUAUUCGGAGGAGCUGCGCUCUCUGCGCGAAGCCCUGCAUCUGAUGGUGCAGCGGGGGAACAGCGGGGGGAACGACGCUGAUAAAAAAGGUGGAGAUGAAAACGGCGACAGUGCCACCGGGGGGCCCGGCAUGGCGCCAAUUGCUGAGUCAUCCGGUCGUGAGUCAUCGCCAGUACCGUCGCAGCACUCCUCUCCUGUCCCACCUGCCACGCCAGCCAAGAUGGGAGAGUCGCCCCCGACCGGAUGCGCCUGCUUCCCCGGCCUGCUGCGACGCCACAGCAGCUUGCACACUGAGGUGGCCGUGCCGCCACGGGGGGUCUUGCAUGUCGAUCCGCAUGCAGCCACCAGCUCAGCCCACACUGCAGAGUCCGUAGGCCCUGAGACUCCCCGGCAAGAGGGGCGCGGUGCGGCAGCACAGCCCCAGCAACCGGCCAACAGUGCAGCUCACAGGGACAUUGAGCACUUCUUUGGAGGCAGCAGCAGAGGCAGGGAUGCACAGAGCCAACUGGCAGGCAGUGCAAGAGGGGCGGCCAGAAUAGGCGACCAAGGGGCGGAAGCGAUUGGAGCGCCAGAACCUGCGCUUCGGAGGGGGUCCGGAAGUGGAACCCUGUCGUCGGUUGACGAGGCAACCGACAGCUUCACGGCGGCUGCGGCCGGCGUUGACUCAGCCGCUGAGCUGGCGGCGCGCGAUCGGCGGCCCGGGUCGGGCGACUCGGUGUCGAGCGUCGCGGGCCCCCGGAAGGCUUUUCAGCCCGGGGGCACUAAAAUUCUCGCCUGGGGGGACUCCGCGCAGGAGUCCCCCCUGUCCACCACCACGGUCCCCUCUGCGGCCACCUCCCAGCGGGGGGACUACAUUCAGGGGUCCCCGCACUCCACCACUGCUGGCCCCUCCACCGCCACUUCGUCCCAGCGGGGGUCUGGAGACAGCGGCACUCAGAAAGUGUUCUUUGGGCUGGAGGGAGCGACCCCUGCGUACGCUGGGGGCAAGGUGCUGGCUCGGCCGGAGUUUGGGUCUGGCAGCACCACUGCCGCCUCCUCUCGGCGCCCGUCUGGAGAGGUCAGCGGGGACGGCAUCUGGUCAUCAAAAGGCAGCAGCGGGGGGUCCAAUGAGGCGCUUGUGGAGCGUGCGACCAACUUCAAGCGCAGCCUGGAGGCCGCGCAGCACGCCUUCUACCGGGACAUCUCCCUGGACGCCGCCGAUGCCGCCGCCGGCAUCAAAAUCAUCCCCCGGGCCGCCGCCGCUGCCACCGGUGUGCCGGCCGGCAGAAUGGCUACCCCCGUGCCUCCCGUCGGCGCCAACAAUCCCCGGGGCGACCCUGAAGGCAACUCUGUCGCUAUUGACGCCGCUGUUGCAAAAUCUGCGGUGGCGGAAGAGCAGGGCCCCGGUGGCGCUGCAACAGCGGUCAGUACCGGACCCGCGGCGGCGGCGGCGGCCGCGGCUGCGCGGUUUUCGGCCGGCCAGCUGGCGGCGGCAGAGCCAGCGGCCGCCGUGGCGCGGCGGCCGGAGCGGCGACGCAGGGCGGAUGGGCGUUCCCUACCGGAGCUGCUGCUGCAGACGGCGCAGGCCGUCAGGUCCUGCCCGGAAUUUACUGAUCAGCGGCGGCAGGCGCCAGAGAACCCCGCUGGACGGCAGGCAACCACUCGGGCAGGCCACGACAAGGCGGACCUCAUGAGCGGCGGGCUCAAGGUCACGCAGAGUGAUGGAUCUCUCACCAGGUAUGGCUCCAGUGACAUGCCUGGGCUGGAGAUCUGGGACACUGCGAGGGGCCCGGCCGGGCAGUAUUGGGACGUGCCUCGGCCGGCCCGCAGCCUGGAGGCUGGCACCAGGUUUGUGCUGCAGCCUGGCAGAGGCAACGCCUCCGACAGAGUGCCCAUCGGCCUGCGCGCACCUCAGGAGCCCAUUCCGCUGGCCGUGCGUCAGCAGGCGUCCCUCAUCACCCAGAGCAAGCGCAGCUGCGGGGAGGUCUGGGCGCCAGGCUAUGAGAGCAGCCCUGAGGGGUCCUCCAGUGAAGGCGAGCAACAGGCCGCUCCAGCAGCAAAGCGGCUGGCGCCUACUGGGCAACGAAGUGAGGAAACAACCGUGCUCGAGGCAGCUGCAAAAAUGGCGGCGGCGGCGGCGCAGCCGGCCCGGGGCGCGGCGGCACGGCCGGCCGUGGCCGACUCGCCAUUCCGGCCACAGCCACCAAAACAGGCCACGGCGGGAGGGAAUGCCCCUGCGUCAAUUGCGCCGCCAAGUCAGGCAACUUCCCGGUUGCGGCCCAAGCGACUAAACUUUCAGUCGCCGCCGGCUCGCCAGCAGGGGGGACCCCUCUCGCCUGAUCUGGCAACCCCUCACGAGCCUGAACUGGCAACGCCGUCACCCGCCACGCCACACACAGCGCAGCGUGAGGCAAGCGGCGGAGACGCCCCUGGACAGCCUGGACCCUCCACCGCCUCCACCCAAUUCCACUCUCCUCCAGCAAGUCCCCUCCCAGAAAAUGACUCAGCAAAGGAAGCUGCUGAGCAGCAGCCACUUACGGAAACAUCUGCCGCACAGGGCAGCGAGUGGCUUGCAAGCUCGCCCUUUCACCAGGCGAGCCUUUCACAAGCGGGAGACAUGGACAGGAAUGCUGCAUCCAGCAGUGGCGCUUCCAAGGGGACAUUGUCAGGGACUGUCCAGGAGGCUGUCAGCGAUGAUGCAGUCUCUAGCCUUGCUACUCCGCGGAAAGCAGGGGACUUGAGCAGUGAGGGCAGCGCAGAAGUCUGGCAAUCCAGCGGGCUGUAUGCCAGCAGCAACAAUGAGGCAGGCAGCAGCGCAUUCCAGGCCACUAGCAGGUCCGGGGGAGCCAAAUCGGCGGCAGGGGUGGAUGAUACGGCGGAGCAGCUCGUUGCUGUGAAGCUCAGGGUUGCUAAGCCACGGCAGAGACAGACCGGGUUUGUGGCGGCUGCGAUUGCUGCGCUGGGCCUAUCGUCACCUGUGGUCCAACGCUCGCCUUCCCAGGAGAAUCCGGUGUCGUUGAGCGUGACGCCAGUGCCGUCACCGGCGGCAGUAAAGCAGAAGCUGGCGCUCAGCCCAGACCAGUUCGAUAUGUCCUGGUUCACCGGCAGACUCUCCUCUGCGGCUGCUGAUGAAGGCGCCAACGCAUCGGCGCUCGGCGGCGACAAAGUGGCCUCCGCGGCCGCGCGGCUGCUGACGGCAGAUCCGACAGCUUUUGUGGCGCCGGCAGCUGCGGCGGCAGCUUCCACAGCGGAGGAAGGUGACGCCGAGGCCCCCUCGCCGCCGGCCCCCGGAAAGAUUCGAGCCGCCCCCGUAUCCCCUACGCCGGAGCUCGGAGAAGGCAGCAGCGCAGAUGAAAGCUCUCCUGCCAACGCAGCAACGGCGCAGCAUGCAGCAGAGGAGGCCGGUGAAUCCGCCGGCAGCGCGGAUGCAACGCCGCGCAAUGAAGGCGGCUCAGGUGGCGGCGCUGCCGAGAAGCUGGCAGCCGAGUGCAACGGGAAGGCCGCCGCUUUGCCGGGAGCUGCAAGCGAGGAGGCAGCCUCUCCCAAGCAAGCUGUCCAGGGGCAGAAGAGGGCUGUUCCAGAUCUAGGCAGCGAGACAGAGGGCUCUCCGCGGCCUCCAGGGCUGCUGUACAAGCCGGAGCUGCGCUCCGUGGCUGAGCGGGUCAAGUACAUCGAGCGCCGCAGCCACAGCCGGACUCUGGACUCGCCGCGCGCGCCCCACGGGGUUCCCUCCCCGAGAAUCGGCGCGGAAGCUGGAGGAAGCCAUGCCGCGCGUGCAAACACCUCCAUCCAGAGACAGCCAUCCUCGGCGCUCACUAGCGCACUCAGGGACACAGCCUCUGCUGGAACCACUCCAAAAGACAUGAGUCAGCGCAAGAAGACAGUCAGCACUGCUGACACAAAGUCUCCAGCCAAUGACUCACCUGCGACUGAUGCCACUGCGCCAAGAGACACCAACACACCAGUACAACAGCCGGUGACAAUAGCACCGGCGCAGCGGGCUCCAAGCUUCAACAAUUGGACAGAGGAUGACGCUUGA